CUCGCCACGCCAAUUCUGACACCUUGAUUUUGUCUCACAGUUUACCACAGACAUACGCCACAUCUCAGGGAAAGACAAUGUUGUUGCCGACACAUUAUCCCGAAUCGAAGAGAUCGUGCAACCCAUUGACCUUGAGCAAGUAGCAAAGGCUCAGCAAGGAGACAACGAGGUAAAAGACCUUUUGGAAGAUAACUCUUCCCUUUGCCUCAGAAAGGUGAAGCUACCUGGGUCACGCACAGAAUUAUACUGUGAUGUGGGUGAGACAGUACAGAGACCGUUCAUUCCGAAGCAGUUUCGACGACAAGUCUUUCAGAGUCUACACUCACUCAGUCACCCUGGCGCCAAUGUGACGGCGAAACUAGUUUCUGAGCGAUACGUGUGGCCUGGAGUUCGAAAAGACUGCAGAGAGUGGGUACGUACCUGCUUAGCUUGCCAGCGCUCUAAAAUUACACGUCACGUUUAUUCGCCCAUCGCUGCCUUCAAAGUACCACGAGCUAGGUUCACAUUUGUCCAUAUAGACUUAAUCGGUCCAUUACCGGUUUCACACGGCAAUAAAUAUUGUCUUACAGCCAUCGAUAGAUUUACGCGAUGGCCUGAGGCAAUACCUUUGCCAGACAUAAAUGCCGAAACUGUUGCAAAAGCACUAAUUAGCGGAUGGAUAUCGCGGUUCGGCUGCCCAACGGACAUUAUUUCUGACCGUGGCAGUCAGUUUUAAUCGGAGCUGUUCAAAAAUUUGUCACAACUGUCCGGAUUUCAACACCGACGGACCACUGCUUAUCAUCCCCAAAGCAAUGGACUCGUGGAACGAUUCCACAGACAGCUUAAAGCUGCUAUUAUAUGUCAUGCCAACGACAGUUGGGUUGAAUCGCUUCCACUUGUUUUGCUAGGGAUCCGUAGUGCAGUUAAAGACGACCUCCGAGCAUCAUCUGCGGAACUUUUAUAUGGAGAAGCACUACGUUUACCAGGAGAAUUUUUUAACCCGGAAGUAAGCGAUACCGUCAACGUAACAGAGUACAUGGCACGACUUCGGAAGUUUGUUAAAGACCUACGACCCACACCAGCCUCUCGUCACGGCGGUAAGCGUACAUUUGUCUUCAAAGACUUAGCAACAGCAUCCCAUAUAUUUUUGAGGGAUGAUACAUUGGGAGGUUCGCUUAAACAAGCAUAUUCUGGACCUCAUGAAGUCUUACAGCGUGGUGACAAAGUGUUUAGAAUAAUCUUAAACGGUAAAAACGUCGCAGUAUCUAUCGACCGCAUCAAGCCGGCCUACAUACUGCACGAUUCAGAUACCACACAUACACCAUCACCCACACAUACAUACACUCACACAGAUUCACCUGAUACUACAGACCCAGUUGUCCUCGAUGCCGAUGAAGGUGUCAUCAGGAGAACUAGAUCAGGGCGUAGAGUGAAGUUUCCGCAAUAUUAUCGCCCGUAACCCGGUCUCUGGAGGGGGGUGAUGUAGUGUAACUA